UAGAUAGAGAAAUAGCCAACAACAGCCACUCUCUUUAACCUGUCUCACCAACUCACAUCUAGAAGCAAUUUUUUGAGUCUUUUUCUCUCUCUCUCUCUCUCUCUCUCUGUCCCCUUCUCCCUUGAGGUCAAAGUCCCUAUAUAAUCAUACCCUCAACUUCUUCUUAGACUGGCUUUGUUCUUUAAGCAACAAAACAAACACAAAUUUCUCAAUAUCCUAUUAUCAUUCAAAAUUUCAAAAGUGAAACAAACAUACAUAGAAAAUAGAACAACAAAAGUUACUUAACUCAAAUAUGGGAAGAUCACCUUGUUGUGAAAAAGCUCAUACAAACAAAGGAGCUUGGACAAAAGAAGAAGAUGAUAGACUUAUAUCAUAUAUUAGGGCACAUGGUGAAGGUUGUUGGAGAUCUCUCCCUAAAGCAGCUGGCUUACUCCGAUGUGGUAAAAGUUGUCGUCUCCGGUGGAUUAACUAUCUCAGGCCAGACCUUAAACGUGGUAACUUUACAGAAGAAGAAGAUGAACUCAUCAUCAAACUCCAUAGUCUUCUUGGUAACAAAUGGUCUUUGAUAGCUGGAAGAUUACCAGGAAGAACAGAUAAUGAGAUAAAGAAUUAUUGGAACACUCAUAUAAGAAGAAAGCUUUUGAAUAGAGGAAUUGACCCUGCUACUCAUAGGCCUUUAAACGAAGUUUCUCAUUCUCAAUCACAAUCUCAAACUCUUCAUCUUCAAAAUCAAGAAGCUGUUACUAUAGCUGUAGCAGCAUCUACAUCAACUCCUACAGCUACAAAAACCCUACCAACAACUAUAUCUUUUGCAUCAUCCAUUAAACAAGAACAAUAUCAUCAUCAUCAUCAUCAUCAAGAAAUGAACACAAACAUGGUUAAAGGGUUGGUGUUAGAACGUUGUCCUGAUUUGAAUCUUGAGUUAACAAUUAGUCCACCACGUGUUCAAGAACAUGAUGAACAAUUCAGAAACAGAGAAAGGAACAAUCUCUGUUUUGUUUGUAGUUUGGGUUUGCAGAAUAGUAAGGAUUGUACCUGUGAUGAAAUUGUUGGAAAUUCUAGCAGUGGAAAUGGUUCCACUGCACCUGCUUAUGAUUUCUUGGGUUUGAAAGGUGGUGUUUGGGAUUACAAAGGCUUAGAAAUGAAAUGAAAAUGAAGUUAUGAAAUAUGAAAAAAUAGCUAGUGUUGUGAGAGAAUGAAAUUCCAUUAAUUUUGAAUACCCCUCUCUUUUUUUUCUUUUCUUCUUCUUAUCUAAUUUGUAUAAAUAAUUAGUUAUUGAUGCAUAAGAUAUAGUAUCAGUAUAGCUGAACAUUAUUGGCUAUUUUUUU